CAAAAACAACAAAAACGAGAGUUCCACCUCUUUCGGUUUCCACAAUGUGUCCAGCAGACUCAAUGAGCUCUCUGAGUGGAAAUUCUGAUAUAUCUAGUCCCAUGCAAAUGAGUUCGUCCUGCAAGAAUUCACCAGAUGUUCUCAUGCAUGAAGGUUGCGAGUCCUCCGGUGGCAAGGAUAGUUUAAAAAGGAAAGAGAGUUCGGGAAAUUACCGCCCCCUCUCUAUGGUUCUCGAGAAAUCAGAGACUCCUGAUCAACCGCAUCAACAAGAACCUAUAGAAGAGGUUUCUUUCCAGAAAGUGGUUGAGAAUGAACAGCAGCAGCUGCAGUCUUUGUCCAGUUCAGUAAAAGCAGUUCCACCAUUGCCACCUGCUCGCAGAUAUUCGCGCCAGAGUUCCACGUCUAGUGUUGAAGCAGUUGACUGGGUGUCGGAAGACGUUGGAACAUCAGAAGAAGGUCACAAAAAGAAAAGGAAGUCUAGCAAUCUGGAAGAUGCUCUCACCGAAUUAGAAGCCAUUUACAAGAGCCUUAAUUUGGGGGAUAAGGAUCUUCUUGACCGUGCUGAAAGAAGAGACCUGCCGGUUGCACAUCAGAAACUGAGCGAUGGCACGUCACUGGUCGCCCAAACGCUGUCAUCAUCUUGGGGGACAUCUCGUGGAGCAGAGUCGGACUCUGGUUACAAUUUAAGUUGGGGAUCAUCGUCUUUUGAAUCUGUUUGCGGUAACGGAGAUUCUUCGAGGAAACGUGCACCGUCUAUACGGCGAUCCGGCAUCCCAGAUAAAGUAACUGAUGACAUGGCAUAUCGUCGUCUUAAUUCUAAAGACCGGCCUGGUUCUCAAGACAUUCGAAAUGUUGUGUCUCAAUCAGGUAGUUAUCUUUUUACGUCUCCAACCACAGCAGCUGCUGAAAUAUAUACAGAGGAUCUCCCUCAGAAAUCUCUGUAUUCUUCACCAAAUCAGGAACCUGAUGUCGCAUUAGAUGACGUUGUUUUCAGAAAUAUUCGACAUGCUAACAACACACUUAAAGUUCUCGAUCCACAACCACCAUUCGGAAUACCAAUUGGACCUAUUGCACCUGCAUCGAAUAGCGACUAUCUUCAUGUGAUACCCACAGACACUUACCGUUCAAUGUUCAAACCCAGGAGGGUGCCAGAUGUUGUGAAGGAUGAUUUGGCAUUUCGUAAUCUGAGAAAGGACUCUCAGAAGGAACCUUUUAAUAUGCCUAUGAUGACUGAUGACAGUGGCAUUCUGAAUAGUACCUUAGUCCGUAGUACUCAUUCCAAGAACGACAAUUUCUCUAUGAGGAAGAGAAGAGCCGUGAGGUCUCUUUCUGCUAACAUACAGAGUCUUGUCAACAGAGAAUCCUUGGCGCUGUCUUCCAGAGAUAUUGAUCAGGAUUUUGAGAAAGCUCAGAGUUUGUCUGAUCUCCCUGACGCUUUGCAAGUAGCACAGAGAAUUCUGGAAGGGAAGGAAGUGAUCGGUGGUGGUUCUGUUAAACUUCGCAACCUAACAGCAGGAUUAUCAAACGAACGUCCGGUUGAUCAAGAGGGCGAUACAUUACCAGUGACUCAAGGUUCUCGACGAUAUUGCCCUUCGCCCGGAAGUAGCUGGAUUGAACGCGCUAACCUCGCAGACUGUGGCGAUAAAUUAUCUUUUUUUGCGAGCACAAGUACAGAAACACUUACUGACAGUCGGGCCAAUCUCUUACAACAGGAUCCGGGAACAAACAAACGGAAUAGUUGGCAGCAAAGACUGAGGGUUUUUAUUCCAUCAAAUAUGAUCUUUGGUAGCAACGAAGACACAAGUGUAUCGGGCGAUGUAACUUCCUUACAGAGACCACCACCGCCGCGAACUCCCGAAAGAAACUCGAGUCGUUUAUUAUCAGAGCAAAAUAAAGCAGAUAUUCAUCAGAGACCUCCUCCUCCCCCUACGCCUGAAAGAAGUUCGUCACGGCGCUCGUCAUUAGAUCAGAAUAAACUUCUGUCCGCUCUUGUUCAAUUGCCAUCAUCUCUAACCCCUGACAGAGAAAGUCCUCGGCAGCCACAAGAUAACAGCAGGCCCCAUGCGUCUAGAUCAAUACCUCAAACAGCUGAAGAUGAAACAGUGAGUUCGGCUUCGGUUCAAGAUAAACGUUCAGCUCGGGACUCACUUAGCCUGAGGCCUGGAACAUCAUCAUCUCCAAAUGACUCGUCAUUGCCCAUACCAGAAGCUGUUCCAGGAUCUCCUAUAGAUGAGCGACAACUUGAAGAGCUUCUCACUGCUUUGGCUCGAGAAGCCAAGGCUACUAGUGAAAAACUGGGACGUGAGCUGGAGGUACUUCAGAGAAAUACUGCCCCAGCUCUGCAAGAGUCUGACACCUUGGAACAAAUAAUACAAGAGAAACCUAAGCAUCAGUUCGCUGAGGAUCAGAAGCCUCGACUUGGAAAGAAAGUAUCAGAACCACUUGAAGAAAACUUUCAACUCCAAGAACAAAAGUCACAGGACGAAAGUAAAUACCACAAUCAAGACUCUGGCGACCAGAUGUUACAGCUGAAAUAUGAAGUACAAGACGACAAGCAACACAGUCAGGAGUCACGAGAACGUAGAGAAGGACAGCUAGAGGAAUUGAAACCUGCCGGAACAGAGAAGGGCGAUACAAUCUCGGAGGCAAGGGAUAAAGGAAGUGAAGAACCAACUUCAUUAUGCAAUGUCCAGACAGAGAAUUUAACUUCACGCAUUGAAAGUGUGACAUCCAAAGUAGUAACAGAGGAGGAACAUGUUCCAAAAGAGACUCUACAUAUAGAUGAAAACAAAUCGAAACAGAAAUCGUCUAACUUGAUUGAAAAUUCUAAAGCAACAGCUAAAGAAGAAGAAGAAUCACACAGUUCACGUUACAUUCUUGAUUCUAACCUAGAUAUUGAUAAAGAACUGCGUAUUUUUUAUGCAGAUUUGUCGAAGGAAUGUACGGGCCGCUGUGAUGAUUCAUGCAGAGCUGUGGAUGUAGAAUCAGGUAGCCACGACCAUCAGAAAAAGACUGACGAUGUUCAUGUAAUAUUGACGGAGCCACAAGAACAAAGUGAUAAAGUUAAUGAAAAUCGAGAAACCGAAAUCAGUGUUCAUUUGCCAGGAACGUUUCCGACAUCUGUCGAAGAACCUGUUAUCGAAACCACUGGAUAUAAGGAACAGACGUUGCCAUGUGCAGAAUUCGACUGUAUCAGUCAGUCUUUGUCUCAGGGGUCAACAAAUGUUGCAGCUAACAGUAAUGUUGAAGGUUCAGGUGAAAGUGUUGCAGAAGACUUUGAUAAUUCUGCUGGUUAUCAAGUGUCGAAGAGUUGCGUUGAAGGCGAGGAGCUGGGAGCAUCGACACCGCCUUCUGCAACAGCCGGAUCAUCAGGAAGAACUGGCAGUACUGGUGUGCCAAGUGGCAGUGGGAGAGUCAGCAGCAUCGACGUUUUGAGCGGUAGACGUUUUGUGGGUGUGGGGCCAUGCCACGACGACCUACGCCACCAGUCCAGGACAACAGUUCAUCCGUUAACGAGCAGUGGACACUUCACAGCCAUGCAGAGUGACCUGUGGUCGUCGUCGUCGUCGUCGACAUCGAAGGUCCUUCCUCCUGACGACUUGGCAACGUGUGGUUCGUCUGAUGGCGGUGUGGAAACACAUCAACGCGCUGAACGGAUGGCGCAAUACAAAGAGGAACGUCGGCGACAGUUGGCUUCUCAGUACGGUUCUCGGGACGAUUCUGGAAGUGCGUCGAUCACCCCACAGCGUCGCUUCAUUACUCGCAACACGGCCACAACGCCGGUGAGGAAUGGAGAUGACCGAAGUGGAAGCAGCAGCAACACGGACCAUCCGCCACCAUCCAGUAUGCAGAGGGUACGCACCACCAGGACCUCCCGACUGCGGGCUGCAGUCACGUCUCCUUCAGAAAAUAAUGCACAAAAUGGUAAGGACGCUUCAGGAAUUCUAAUUCGAAAUGGUAAGAACACAGGAUCAACAUCUCCUCGUAGUGCUGCUGGCAAGGACUCCAAGGACGUUCUCCAGUCUGUAACGCGCUCUAUGAGCGGCAAAGACUUAAGUAAGGAUUCUUCAGGACUCUCUCCUAGAAAGGACAAUAGUUUGUCCUUAGCACGCUCCCAGAGUGGCAAGGAUCUCCUCAGAGAUUCGACAGAAUCACCACUUAGAUCAAGAGACGGUCGAGAAGCUGCAACGAGGUUAACUUUGUCACGAUCUCAUAGCGGAAAGGAACUAAUCAGAGACUUGAGUUUGUCACCCAGAUCUCAUAGUUCCAAGGACUCGGGGACAGUUCUAUCUCGCUCUCAGAGUGGCAAGGAACUUGUUUCGUCGGGUCUUUCACUUGCACAUCAGACUGGGAGAGUAGUGUCCGGAUCAUCGUUACGAUCCGUCCCUGCGAGGGAUCCGAAUGAUGGAGGAAGCCUUUCUCGUUCCCUGCUGAGUUCCUCCAGGACUCGUCGGGUUGGAGUAGCCGACAGACGAGGGGUGACUCCCAGCACUGGUACGACAGGAUCGUCGGAUAAAGAGAAGAGCCCAUCGGAAGUUGUGGCCUCGCCCUGCUUCCCGAGGCGAGAGAAGGACAAGAGUUCGAAACGCAAGUCGAAUCUGAACCGGUCCCUCGCCGCUGAGGAGGUCGUGUGCAAUGACAGUGCGUUGCUGGGAGACUGUAGUAGCGCCAUUCCUCGACGGCGCCGACGUAUUGACCAUCCUUGCGAUGUUGGUGUUAUUUCCUUGAAUAGUUUAGAUACAGGGUUGCACCAGAAAUCUUCUUUAGAACCUGCUGUUAUGUCCCCGUCAAGUGUAAGCCCUAUACGUUCCACAAAGUCUGAGGAACUUCCUCGUCGGUCUUCCCCUUUCAAGACUGUAUCGAAAGUGUCGUCAGAUUAUAGCAGUCACUUUCUUCGUCCAACUCCCAGGCCUGCACCUGAUUCAGUUUCUUCCUCACGAUCCUCUGGCGAUGAACAUCGACAAUCUCCCCCUAGUCGAGCUAUACUUCGACUCACUCCCGAUUCUGGCACUCAUUUCCUGCAGGCCAGGAGAGGUGCAAGCUCUGGAAUUGCAGCGAGUAAAGAACAGGUUUCUGCACGAUUUGAAACCACUAAAACUCCCUUGGCAUCUGUUGCUUUCGCUGGCAGGAACAAGAUUGGGGAUUCACCAUCCAAGCUCAGAGGAAAUGCUGCAAUGAGUGCAUACAAUGGUGGCAGUGGCGUCGAGCCAGAUGGAAGAUCAGACCGAGUGUCUCAGAAGGUGGAUAAAUUGAUGGCCCUCACAUUAGAGACGGUGGCACGUCUUGACAAACUAACCUGUAUGUCCCCAACUUCUUCGAAAAUGUGUGGUGUUAGGGAUAAUGUGGGCAUUAGUACAGACCAAAUGUGUAGAGAUACUUAUGCUCAGCAUGAAAGUGGCCUUGGAGAAUGUUCUCCCACAUCCAGUAAAAUUACCAAUCACAAGACUUUCAGCAAGAUUGAUAUUUAUCAUAAUGCAGAUUUUUUGGUAAAAGAUACGAAGACCCCGAAUACUAAGGGUGAUAGUUUCAGUCAAUUAGGUGAGCCCCAUUUACCUUACAGCAACGUGAAUUCCUCAAAUUCGUCUCAGUUGGAGAAUGGUUCUGGUGAAGAGUGUACAAGACCAUGGAUCGGCUCUCCUAGUAAGCAGCCGUCAUCAAUACUGAAGAAAAAAUCAGUUGAUGAGUCAUACCCAUUGAUAAUUUCUUCAGGUGUUUCUCAGCAGAUGCCAGUUUCGAUCUUGAAACGUAAAACUUCACAGGACGAAGCCGGGGCGGUAAGUGCAGGAAACUCUACACCCCCACCUCCUGUAACAUUCUCUCCAUCAGUUCUUGAACAGACGGGAAGUAGCAGUAAACGUCAGGGUAUCCUCAAGAAGAGAAGCAGUCUUGAUGAAUCUGAAGUGCUACGGAGGAGAAGUUGCUCCCCAGAUAUGGUACGAUGGGAUUCUGGAUCAUCAGAAUUUCGUCCAAUCCUAAAGAAUCAACGAAGAUCUUCUAUGGAAGAAUUAGUUCGAAGAACUCAGUCACCUGACCCACAACCACAGUCAAUUUUGAAAAGAAGAACAAGCCGUGAUGAUGAAGUUGAGGAACGGACCUCCGGUUCACCUGAACCUCAGGGAAUUCUGAAACGAAAAUCUGCUCCAAGUAGCAACAGCAGCAGUAGCAGUACGUCUCCACAUGUUUCCAUAGCUGCAUCUGUUAUCAUGAAUGUGGCAGGACUGGAUGUAGGAACUGAUGUUUCACCACUUGACGCCACCCUGGAACAUGUGCGUCCUAUACUUAAGAAGAAAAGUAGCUCUGAAGAUAACGCGACGGCCGAUUCAUCAUCAACCGAGGCACCAAAACCAAUACUGAAGAAGAAACCAAGUUCAGAGUUUGAUGAUCUGGAAGAAAGACCGAUGAAACCAAUUCUGAAAUCUUCCAGAAAAUCAUCCCAAGAAGAACAAACAAACUUGGAAACCGCAUUACUAGAUUCUCCUGUGAAGUGUGUCAUCCUGAGAAGUCGCAGUGCUGGAGGUUCUGAUUCAGCUUCUGGUUCUGAAUGUGAAGCAGUGAAACCCAUUCUGAAGCAGCCAGGCAGCGACAGAUCCUCAAGCGAGAGAUCGGCAUCUCCCAGGCAUAGAUUGUCAUUCUGCAAUGAUAAGGGGCAGCAGGUAAUCAAAGCAGAAAGAUGCGAUUUUGUGGGACCUGGAAUAGGAAAUGACGAAUCCAGAAGUGGUAGCCCCAAAAAGGAAGAAGUUGUGCUUAAAAGGAGGUUAAAGUAUUCUUCUGUAACAAAAUCAGAUUCUCCAUCAUCCAUGGAUAAUGAGCUGAGUGCCAUCUUAAAUAAGAGACGAUCUUUUGAAGUUACUACAGAAAUGGCUUCUGAAUUCACUCAGCUGAGACAGUCACCAGUCUUGAUGGAGACAGCAUGCAGUCAGCCACGCCCAGUAUCUGUGGCUGAGCGAAUUUUGAAUAUGGAGAGCUUCUUGGGUCAGGAAAACAGCAGUGGCAGACAAACUGGAGCUGUACCCAAGAGACCUGGUUCAUUGAGAGCUACAAGAGACAGGGAGAGGUUUCAUACUCAGCCCAUCACUCUGCAUGAGCUCAAAGCAUCAACAGGGCUUGAGUCUGUUCGCGCUUUCCAGAAAGAUAUUCUAGGCAAGAAGCAAGAUAGCGGUGUGGCGCAGAAGGACCCACAUUCGUCAAUCGCCGUCGAUGUGUCUGCAGAAACACCAUUAGAGGUUUCAACACUCCAGUCCCAUAGCCUUUCUGAAGUUGUGCAUGGUAAGAAUGAUCUUGGCGACUGUGUGAACUUUACUUCACCUCCCCGGACACCAAAGAUGGAUCUGAGGGCUCAUAAUUCGCCUCGUAAAUCAUUGUCUCGUGAUUCGACCACGAAGAACGACGAGGCUGGGUGUCAGGAAGAUGACGGUCCAAAGGAAACUGGCUUUGUUGAAGAUUCUGACUGUUUGCAUCAACUGAGUAAGAGUAACAGUGUAGUUGCAAGGGUGUCGAUGUUUGCACAGCUGGAAGAAGAUAUGAAGAGAGCUGCUAAAGAAGCGAAAUCUAAGAAGUUGUCCAAGAGGUCAAAUAGGAGUGCGGCACGUCGAGAGGAUUUGCCGCAGACUGGUAACAGGUUCGCCACCCAGCCUGUUACCAUGGGAGAGGUCCAGGAGGCUGUGAGGUGUGCCAUCAAUCGUGACAUAGACUCCGCCCUGACAGCUUCGGAAGGUAAACAGAAGCCCGAUGACGAUGAUGAACCAUCCCAGUUGAGUUUGGCGGAUCGAGUUAGGCUGUUCAACCAGAAGAUCCAAGACGAUUCGAGAACACCGGGUGUAGAGAAACUGCCACCCCCAACGAGGAAGCGACAGGUCCAGACCUCACGCUUCAAGACACAACCUGUCACUACGGAAGAAGUUGAAACUGCUGCACGGAGGAUUUCGCCUUUAGCGGCCAGCCUUGCCAAACCCCCGGACCCAAAAGUUCUAGGCGGAAUGUCAGCAAGAGCUGCUCGAGAGAAGAUGUAUGAGCACGCAUCUGUGAUAUUGGCUAAGUCGAGUUCAUCAUCUCUGCUGUAUCAUGAAAAGAGCCUCGGCGUUGACAGUACGGCUCACAAGAGCGGACAAAUUGAACUGGACUUGAAACCUAAAGGCAUAUUGAAGAACUACAGAAGCUGCGAGUCCCACACCAGAUCGCCAUCUCAGACCGAAGUUUCCGCUUCAUCAGACGUGGAGACUGAAUCAGAAAGCGAAGUAAGAGGGAUUCUAAAGGCUAGUGGUACACCAAUUGCUUCAGCAGCAGGAACACCUGAAUUGGAAAGCUUUCGUCACUUAAAGAGCGUUCUCAAGAAGGAAACGGCAAGUGGUGUGUGUGAAAACCGGGCUUCCGAUGAUCUUGUGGUCUCGGCCGCUAAUGAUCAUCUCCGUUCAAUUCUCAAGCCUGAAUCAACAGAAUGGGAAGAAUUUUCUUCCUCCAGUAACUCAGAUUCAUCAUCUGAAAGCGAUACACGAGCCCGUCCUCACUCGGCUCCUCCCAGGAGCACGCUUGACCUCGUGAGUAUUCUCCAUGGAGUUGAAGCUAACGCGCGAAAGCAGCGCCAGGCCCUGAUAUCGUCUCCAAACAACAAGCCUUCACGUCCCAGUAGUAAUGAUGAGAAGGUUAUGAAUCGUAGAAAUCUAAAAAAUGAAAAGGAGAAUCACCAGGGAAGAAAGGAGACUACUUAUCCAGAAAAGAGAAAACUGGGUGAUAAUUAUAGCCCUUUGAGAAAAGAUAUAAAAUUGGGUGAUGAACAAUGUGACGCUAAGAAGCAGGCAGAUCUUCCCUUGGACCACAAAUCACUUAUCAACCAGAGGAAGUUGGAGUCCAAACUCCUGGUGGAAGAAUUAAGUAGGAAGGGGUUUCAGGCACAACAUGUUCAGAUGGGUAGGAAGAAUGAAACGUUCAGCACAUCAAAAGUUGUAGAAUCCCACAUUAUCGAUCACAAAUCUCUCGUCAGCCAGAAGAAGUUAGAGUCAAAGAUACUUGUGGAUGAGUUUGCCGAUGGCAGGAAUAGUGUUGAGGAGCGUUUGCAACUGAAGAAAACUCAGCUUACUGCGGAAGAGGAGGAGGCGGCUCAGUACGAGAGACAGUUGCAUCGCCAAAUAGAGGAACUGCAGCGGUUGUCUGCAUCACCGACGCCACCGACAUCAGAUGGCGAAACAUCGUCUUCAGGUGGACGUGAGGUUCGACGUAUCAUCAGAAAUGAGGCGGUAGCUCGUAGAAGACAGGCGGCACUGGCAAAGCAGCAAAGAGCAGCCAGCAGUAAUAGGUCAGACUUGUCAAAUCAGCAGCAGCUGCUGUUGAAGAAGAGUCGAAGUCACUCGUCCGUUUCGUCCAGCAACGACAACCAGCAGGCUUCCAGUAAGUUCCUGCAGCCCUCCACAGAGGAGACGAGAUCCCAUGCCUUUGUGGGAGAGGAUGAAGGGUUCGUGAGAGGUGGGAUACGUCGCAGUUUUACGCAGCCACUCACCGAACAGGAACUUCGCGACGCUGAUGAGAAAGAAGUGAUGAGUGGCACUAGUAUCGCAGAAAGAUUAGCUGCACUCCAGAAGAGUGGUCAUACAGACUGGAGAAAGCGUGUAUCAAAGCUCAGCGCAGAAGAUGACCUUACAAUCAUAUGCAGCACUACUCAAAUAAACCACCACCAUCUUGUCAACCAUGAGAUCCAAAUCACAGCAGAGGAUGAGAAGGCGGUGGAGAUAACUGAGGAAACACCGGGUGGCGGGAGUAUCCUCGCGGAUCGGCUCGGCAAACUUGAUGCUGCGACUCAGGGAUGGAAGAAGCGCGUGGGUCCUACCGAUGCCGUCCAGUUUUCGGUGGCUGGCCGCAUGAUGAUGGAGCACACAAAGAGUUCAGCGCCGACCUGCGCCGCCGACGUUGCGCUCACACCAGUUGUGCCUCCUUCACCACCGUCACAACUUUUGGGACAUUCGUCCGCCGACAGGAAACGGAGGACGCCUCGAGCGGAACGGUUCAAAAGCAAAGCUGUAUUACACAAGGAAGUCUCAUCAACUCCUUCGUCUCCUCAAAAAGAAAUGCUGGUCCUUUUCAAGCGCAGCGUAUCUGCCCCAGGAGGAAAAGAUGAAACAGAUCAGGAUGGUUCACUGUGUCGUCCCAAGGUGGUCGUCCCCCGGUUAGAUGAUGAGACAUUUACAUCAUUUUUCAGCAAUAAUAUCUCCUUGACAUCAAAGCCUCAAAGUUCAGAACAACUGGACAUUUGUGUCGAGGACUUGGACCAAGUUGUCAGCCAUUCCAGAAAAUUGUUGGUACAAAAGCGUACUGUUAGAUUUCAGCGUAAGGUCACGUCAUCCCGCAAUCCCAUCAAGGCAUUGGCAGCGCGCACAGAUUUGCGGGAUGAAUAUGUUGAAGUGCGGUCAGGAGUUGCAGAUAAAGAACUCAAGAGGCUGAAUAUUGAGAAAUUGGCAAAGAACUCGCCUCUUGCAGUGGAGGCACUAGCUGGCCUGGCAAGCAAAGAAGACUUCACAGCUGUCUCACUUAAGAAGGCUUCUUCACCGUCAAAUGGUAACAUGUUGCCAUACAAAGACUUGAUGCUACUGCAAGUGAAGGGCCGCCGACAUGUGCAGACAAGACUGGUUGAGCCAAUAGCAAGCAGUAUUAACAGUGGGGAUAGCUAUGUGCUUGUCACUCCCACAGAGGUGUAUAACUAUAUUGGUCGAUAUUCCAAUGUGAUUGAACGUUCUCGUGGUGCAGAAGUGGCCUUGAACAUUCAGCAGAAGAAGGAUUUGGGUUGCUUAAGUUCUCGACAAGUGCUUACUGUCUCAGAGGAGAAGGUGACUUGUUCUAGCUCACAAGUUGAGAACUUAUGGAAGCUGCUGGAUGGAACCGGUUCAGUCUCAGGGGCAGGUCAUCCUGAUGAAGAUGAGUUGUAUGAAUCAGCCAUCAUUGCCACCAACAUGGUGUAUGAAGUCCAGGAUGAUGAACUUGUUCCAGUAACUGAAUACUGGGGGACUAUACCGAAAAUAGAGAUGCUGGAUCCUAAUAAGAUCUUGGUGUUUGACUUUGGUUCAGAGUUAUAUGUGUGGAACGGAAAGAACGCACCUCUAGACAGACGUCGAGUGGCAGCGGGUCUGGCCCAGGAACUCUGGAAUCAGGGUUAUGACUAUUCUGAGUGUGAUGUAUGCCCUCUCACAACUGCUGCUAUACUUGGAAGGCGUGAUGAGCCUAAAGUCAGUAGUAAAGGGACAUCCCGUCCAGACUGGGCUCUUCUUGCCAAGGUAACACAGCACAUGGAGACAGUGCUCUUCAGGGAGAAGUUCCUUGACUGGCCUGACUUCUCACGUGUAAUAAGAACCAAGAGCGGAGAUGAUGAGGAAAAGCAAGUGGAUGCAAGCAUUGACAUCAAGCCAUGUGAUGUGAAACACAUGUUAACACCCAACACUGGUGAUCCUGACCUGGAACUGGAAGGAAGUCAUGUUGGCCGUGGCUCCCAUUAUUAUGACAGUGAGACUCAUCGUCAUUAUGAAAUCACAACACUGGGUGUUUCUGUUUGGCACAUUCUUGAGUAUGAACACACACAGCUCCCAGAGUCGUCUGUAGGACAGUUUCACAGUGGGGACAGUUAUGUGGUGCGCUGGCUUUAUACCAUUACUGUCACAGGGCGAGAGUUAAGUGGACAGCCAUCGCGUCACUCAAUGUUGGGCCGGGAUCGGUGUGCUUACUUCUGCUGGCAGGGCAAAGAAGCCUCCCUGAAUGAGCAGGGUGCAGCUGCUCUUUUGACUGUGGAGCUGGACCGGGAGAGAGGACCUCAGGUGCGAGUUGUUGAAGGCGUGGAGCCCCCAGCAUUCCUUGCUCUAUUUAAGGGAAACAUGGUUGUACAUUCAGGCAGGAGAGAAGAUGGAGGAGGGGACUCUCAAGAAAUUGAGGGCACUUGGCGGCUCUACAUUAGCCGAGGGGAGCUGCUACAAGAAGGUAUUCUAGUUGAGGUACCCUGUUCUGUUCGCCAGCUGCGCAGUAGAGCAUCAUUAGUCUUGCUGAAUACUGCUACUGGUACCAUAUUUGUUUGGCAUGGUGCAAAGUCUCAACCCCACUCUUGCAAGAUUGCUUUGGCAGCAGCAAAACAGCUUAAGACUUCCAGGCCAGCAGAAGUUGGAUUUUCAUCUGAUAUUGAUAUUGAUAUUCAAGAACUAUGUGAGGGUUCAGAGACAAACUCAUUUUUUCGAGCUUUGGGUGGAGCCAGUCGACAUCUCUAUGUCUCUCUAAUGGAUAAUCCCAAGACAUUCAACAAAACUCCUCGCCUGUUUCAUCUAAGCAGUAUGUCAGGCACAUUCUGCUGUACAGAAGUUUUAGGUCCAUACCGCAGUUCAGAAACUGUUACUUCUUUCCCAUUUCUUCAGUCAGAUUUAUAUUCUGCCAGCCAACCAGCUCUGUUCCUGCUGGACAAUAGUGCAGGAAAUGAACUGUGGCUGUGGCAAGGCUGGUGGCCUGACCACCAAGGGGAGGAAACUGAAGGCUGUGAUGCAAGGGGCUCGGGUGCAGUGCGAUGGCAAGCUGAACGACGCGCUGCUAUGCAGACUGCUCUGGACUACUGGCAGCCACAGCAUGAAAACAGGGACACUCCAGUUGCUUACUUGGUGUGGGCAGGACUUGAGCCACUUCAGUUUACCAACUUGUUUCCUAUCUGGACAGAUAGGGAUGACAUAGCAGAACUUAAUAUAAGGGAUGGACGGAAACCUGGGGAAGUUUUGAAAGUAGAGGAGGAGCUGGCUAGACUGACUCGUUCCACAUAUCCUGUGGCGCAGUUGCUGCAGAGACCCCUACCAGAUGGAGUGGAUCCAACUCGUCUGGAACUGUAUCUGGACCCACAGCAUUUUCAGGAACUGCUUGGAAUAUCUAAGGAAGAGUUCUUGGAUCUGCCUACAUGGAAACAAACCAAGAUCAAGAAGGAAGUGGGUCUGUUCUGAUCAUUGGCCUACAAUCUUGUAAGAUAAUAAAAUAUGUAAAUGUGGCAGUCACAAGCCAUUGACAGAGAUUGUAUCUCUCCUUGAGUAAGCCACAUAAUUUACAGGGAUGAUGUGGAAAAUAUUACUUUCAUUCACCAUGCAAAUGACAACCAUAGAGCUUAAUUUUAUUACAUGAAUUUUGAUACAUACAUUUACAAAUAAAAAUUGAAGAUAUUUCAUGUAUAUGUAGACAAUUAUGAACCUUCAAAUGCUUGUAUAUUUGUUAAUUGUUCACUGAAUGUGCCCAUUUUAACCAACAUUAUCAUAAAUACUGGCUGUGGAUGGCAUUUUACUGGGAGAGGACAAUAUGUAUUGUUUGUAAUAACUGUUUCAUCAUCUUUUGCACCUUGAAAGUCUUAAAGUUUUGUUAUUCACAUUGGAAUAUGAUGGCCUCAUAGUGACUUUCAAGAUAAUGAUCUGUGUCUAAAUUGGUUGACUUAUUCUCCACGACCUUGCUCAAUGGCACAGAAGACUCACUUGAAACUGUACCAGCCAUGCAGUAACCUGUGAGUUGGGGUAGUCAAAUUUUCUCAUGUCACAGCAAUUACAGCUGGGUUGAUCAUUGCAUGUUUUCUUUGUUCCUAUACAGAUGAGUGAGGAGGUGUGUGAAUAUUGUAUAAAGUACAGAAUGUGUCUCUGGUGCAAGUAGUAGCACUGUGUCUCAAGUAAUCCAGCAAUGAUGUGGUGAUAACAGGCUGCUGAUAUUGUAUUUGUGUGUGUGUGUGUGUGUGUGUUCAUGCGUGUGCGCUUGCGUGCGUAUGAAAGAGGCAAUGAACUCUGUGCCACAUCAGUAAAGCAUUUUGGUGUUUAAGGUUGAUUCUUAUUCCUGUGCCUUUAACACAAAAUUAUGGUUUUACUUUGUAAGAAUAAAAAAUGACGGGAACCAAUUGGCAUUGGUAACUGUAAAGCUUCUAGUCCCUUAUCUUGACUUCUCUUUUUAAACAGCGGUAUUCUAAUUCCAUUAAUUAUGUGCAAGAAUAUGAAUUUUAAGAAGUGUGAUUAUUGCCAAUGUUGCCUUAUGAAAAUAUGCUUCCUUUUGCUGUAUAUCCUGGAUUUUCAACUACUUCAUGUAUAUAAUGACCUAUGUGUAUGAUAAGCCAGUUUAGUUAACAAUGCAAGUAUGUAUUUGAGGAAUUGAUUUGUGCCAAAUUGUAACAUACUUUCAUUUUAUAAUUAUAUUAUCAAAAGAAACUGGAACAUUUACAUUUAAUGCCUUAAAAGAUGUACAUUUUCAAUAUGGCAUGGUGACUUACAGGCAAGGAUGAAACUAGAUACUGUUGCUCUUUUGACUUUUGUCGGUCAGGAGUUGCACUACAGUGCCACUAUUAUAUCAAGAAGCUGUGAAUAUUAACAAUUACAGAUUUUUUUGGCAGAACUGUGACAUUCAUUCUUAUUUUUUGUACAUAACAUUUUCAUUUGUACAACUAAUAUAAUAUUUAAGUUAUGCUUAAUAAGUUAAUAAAAUGUAAUUUACA